AUGAGACAUAACCGUGAUUACCCGACACAUGGUACAGAUGUGCUUGUUCAUAGAGGAAUUUAUGAAGCUGCAAAGGGAAUAUAUGAGCAAUUCAUGCCAGAAAUAGUUGAGCACUUGAACAAGUAUAGGAAACGUGCAAAACUUCGAUUUACUGGUCACUCUCUUGGGGGUAGUCUCUCUCUUUUGGUCAGCUUGAUGUUACUGACCAGGAAGGUUGUCAAGCCCUCCACUCUUCGACCGGUGGUCACUUUCGGCUCAUCGUUUGUGUUCUGUGGAGGCCAAAACAUACUUGAUGAGCUGGGUUUUGAUGAGAGCCACAUUCACUGCGUGAUGAUGCAUAGAGAUAUUGUUCCUAGAGCCUUUUCCUACAACUACCCUGACCAUGUUGCCAGAGUCUUGAAGCGUUUAAAUGGCGCCUUUCGCUCGCAUUCUUGUUUGAUAAAAAAUAAACCAUUGUACUCUCCUUUGGGCAAACUGAUCAUUCUGCAACCUGAUGAGAAGUUAUCUCCUGCGCAUCCUUUACUCCCUCCAGGUAGUGCUCCAUAUGCCUUGGACAAGAAUCAAUGUGGAUACUAUACAAAUGCCGUUGCAGCCUUCCUAAAUAGUCCCCACCCCCUAGAGACACUAAGUGAUCCCACCGCCUACGGUUCAGACGGUACGAUCCUCCGAGACCAUUACUCGAGCAGCUACCUGAAGGCUAUGAACGGGGUUUUAAGGCAAUGUACAAAGAUAUUGGAUAUUCGGAGAGUAAGAAAACAUAAGAACCUAUUGUGGCUGCUUUUGACUUCACCAUCUCCACACGUGGAAUCACGAGAAUUCCACGAGAGUGACUUGAACAACAGUAGUUUAGUGACUGAGGAGAUAAUGACUGGAGUUUGA